AUGAAAGAUCUUCUGAAUCGAGCCCUAAUUUUUGGCUUGACUCGUUGGCUGUUUACAGGCGCGCUGCCGGCCGGGCUUCUUACCAGAUCGCAGACUUCAGCUCCCACAAUACGAACUCUAUCGUCGAAUUCGUUUUCUCAAAACAUUCCAAGCUGUUUGUGGAAACUGGGCCGACUUAAUCACGUAGCAAUUGCAGUACCCGAUUUGGAGAAAGCUCAGUCCUUGUAUAAAGAUGUGUUAGGAGCACAGGUGAGCGAGACUGUUGCUCUUCCCGAACAUGGCGUCUACACUGUUUUUGUGGAGCUGGAAAAUACAAAACUGGAACUUCUACAUCCUUUAGGAGAGAAAAGUCCCAUUGCAAGCUUUCUGCAAAAAAGCAAGACUGGAGGAAUGCAUCAUAUCUGCAUUGAGGUUGAUGACAUAAAAGCGGCUAUGACAGAACUGAAGAAAAAAAAGAUACGAAUAUUGAGUGAAGAGCCAAAAAUAGGUGCACAUGGCAAACCUGUGAUUUUUCUUCACCCUAAAGAUUGCCACGGAGUCCUUGUGGAACUUGAGCAAGCUUGAGCUGUAAUAUUCAUAAAUAAAACAACAGAUUAGUUGUGAAGUUACUGAGCUGGUGCUGGGAAUAUUAAUGUGGUAUUCAGUCUUUACAAGUUCACUGUAGUUCCUGUAGAUUAAGUACAGCUUUUGAAUACUGAAAUAGUACUACAGAUUUAGGGUCGUUUUCUUUCUUGUUGUUGAUCUGAUUUUCAGAAUUAGUAUGUUGACAUUUCUUGAAUUCUUUGUGAUUCUAAAGACAAAUACAUGAGCCAAUAUGUAACACAGUGAUUUUAUGUUCUGUUGCCUCAUGUUUGCAGCAUGGUUUUACCUCUGUAACCACAGAAACUGUAUAGUUUCUAGGUCAUCCCACAUUAUUUUGUUCUACAUUUCAGAGCAGAGACCCACUUCUCAGUGACAAUAUAGCUUAGAUAUUCCCUUUAGAAAUAAAGGAAAAAGGAACAUUGUAUUUUCUGUUCACCAUUCACCGUCUGUGCUUCACACUGAUUGAUUGGUUCAUGCAAUAAAAAAAUCCUUACGU